UUUGCCGGUUUCGGGUGCAAAGUUUCAAACCGUCUGCAAACUGCAGAGCUCAGGACUGUGCGUUGCCGUGUUUGAAUUCUGUGUUUUUCCAAUUCCAUUGUCUCCGUGCUUGAAAUUGCGGAUUUGGGAGUAAGGGAAUCGGUUUUUCUGAAGAACAAAUGAUACACAUCUGAAGCGAUACACGUAUUUCCAAUAAGCAGGCAGCCGCACAGAUACAUGCCUAGCCAAGUACUCCUUGGCAAUUAAUACAGAUACUGCCUUUCCUUAGUGCGUUUUGCACCAAGGUUGCUUAUCUUGGUCUGUGAGUAGAUUUGCUAUUAUAAUUUUAUAUUCUAUUUAUUGUAACUGUAAAAGAUACAAUUUUAAACUGGGAAUCAGUCACCCGAGUGAAACAUCUUUUAUUCACACAUCCAAAACAGAUUACGAUACGGUAGACUAAAGGCUAGUACAAGGUUGUUUGUCUUAUUAAUUUAUCCUAGUCUAGGUUUUAUUGAUCGAUAUAGUACGAUUUUAUUAUCGCAGACUUGAAAUACUAAACGUGAUUUUAAAAUAUUUGUUAAAUUUAAUAAAUUGUACACACCCAUUCAGGUAAAAUGGCUUGUGAGCCUGACCGUGUACGGCUACUAUGCAUGAUGUCGCUGACAUUUGGGUUUUUCAUUGUGGAGGUUGUGGUCAGUCGUAUAACUUCUUCUUUGGCUAUGCUUUCGGACUCUUUUCAUAUGCUGUCAGAUGUCCUAGCUUUAGUAGUGGCUUUUGUCGCCGUUCGUUUUGCUGAGAAAACCCAAUCUACCAGCAAAAACACCUUCGGGUGGAUUCGUGCCGAAGUGAUGGGUGCCCUGGUGAAUGCCGUGUUUUUGACUGCUCUCUGUUUCACCAUUAUAUUGGAAGCUAUUGAGCGUUUCACGGAGCCGCAAGAAAUUGAGAACCCUAUGGUAGUUAUCGGGGUGGGUGUUGGGGGUCUCCUAGUCAACCUGUUUGGUCUUUGCAUGUUUCAUGGACACGCAGGGGGCGGACACGGGCACUCCCAUGGUGGUGGCCAUACACAUUCUCACGGGAAUAAGAAAAACAAAAGAAACAAAAUAUGCAAGACCCAAACCCCGACGGGGAACGGGUCGACUGCUGAAGAGACCAACAACCUGGUAGGAAACUGCAACAGUCCUAACGGAGUUAAUUCUGACAGACCUGAAAGACAUGAUCUGCUGCGAGAAAACAGUUUGCAUAUCCACAGCAACACUCAGUACGAUGAACUGGAUCACGGUGACGAAUCGGCUUCGCAGCUCAACAUGCGUGGCGUCUUCCUGCAUGUUCUGGGGGAUGCCCUGGGCUCAGUCAUUGUGGUGGUGAAUGCCAUUAUCUUUACUUUUGUGUGGCAGCCCUGUCCUGAAGGAGAGCCCUGUCUCACCCCAUGUGUGGACAGCCACUGCAUGGACCACAAGCACAUCAACCAUACGUUGGUGAGCGUGCUGAGGAACGGCACCGAGGCCAUUACCAGUGCAGGGCCCUGCUGGGUCCUCUACUUGGAUCCCACUCUCUGCAUCAUCAUGGUUUUCAUUCUACUGUACACCACAUACCCACUUCUGAAAGAGUCAGCCCUUAUCCUGCUUCAGACAGUGCCCAAACAGAUCGACAUGCAGCUACUGAAUGAAAAGCUGCGAAACGUGGAGGGCGUACUGGCUGUCCAUGAGCUGCACAUCUGGCAGCUGGCAGGUAGCCGUAUCAUCGCUACAGCCCACAUCAAGUGCCACGACCCCACCUCCUACAUGGAUGUGGCCAAGAGCAUCAAGGAUUUCUUCCACAAUGAGGGCAUCCAUGCCACCACCAUCCAGCCAGAGUUCGUCACCGUCAACUCGGAAUCCUGUAUUUCUCUUUGCGAGCUCUCCUGCCGGACACAGUGUGCCCCCAAGCUGUGCUGUGGCAACGGAGACAAGCCUGAGAAAAAGGCCACAGACAAGGCCAUGGGGCUGUCCACCCCCUGCCUAGAGAACAUCGAUGAGUCUCCAGAGCACAGAGGCAGGGAACAGCCUCCUGUGGAGGUGGAAAACCAAGUGGGUGCAAGGUCAGAUGGAGAAGUAGUGAUCCAGAGAGAGUCUCGUGUUGUUUGAAGUAAUUGGAGAUGGAGGAACGUUGUUUCACCAGGAAGAUGGGACAGCUGAAACAACCAUUUACAUUUACAUACUACACAGGGUGUUUUAAAACUGUAACAAAGUUGUAAGGUGAUGAACUUACUCUGCAAUGAUACAAAAUGACAGUAGAGGGAAGAGGGGAGGGUGGGAGGUGUGUAAACCCAAUGUACAGGCUUUUUUGGUCUAUCGUGACAUUCCAAGACUUUAUAAACAGCAGGUAUACCAUAUCAGAGUUGUCCCAAAGGGCAAGAAGCCUCUUUUAGAAUGAUUUGAUAUGCUCCAACUAGUCUAGUCAAUAUUAACAUUGAAAAUAAGUAGCCGCCAAUCCCAUCCCUUAUAUUUUUCAAAUAUAGAAAUGGCGGGGUGGGGGGGGGGGGGGGGGAUUUUCAUGUUAGUGUAAUAACUCUGGAAGAACCCCCCUUCCUUCAAAUUCUCUAGAGCUGUUAAGAUGGCUUUAUCUUGCUUCAAACUUAGGGAUAACUCUGGCAGUGCAACUUACUCUAUACAUUAUUUCAAGCAUUACAUGUGCUGUCUUUACCUUGUUGAAUGGAAUUUCUUACUUUUAAUGUUUCCUAACCACCAGUUAAUCCUUUUUGUAACUGAAAAUGGCUCUAACAAAGCUAACCCUCAUAAAUGUUUGUUGUGGGCUGGUUGCCAUCUGCUCUGAAUCAAUGUAAACAGCUGAUUUUUUUGUGGGGGAGGGUGGUCCUUUUUUUUUUUUUUUGCAGCUGGCUGGAAUGGUUUGAUAAAAGGCUUAAAUUUGGGUUUGUAAUACCUAACUUGCAUUGCAAACAACAACCCCUACCUUCAACACUAUAAGAUAAGAACCAAACUGCUGCUUCCACAAACUUUCCAGGAUCAGUUCUGUCUUUAUAUACUUUGUUGCUUUUUCUCUAUGUUUACUUCUCCCCAAUUCUUUAAUUCUGAUUUAUUUUGUUCUCUCCCACCCCCUCUUUUACAUAUAUCUGUGUAAUAUACCCUACCCCAUCUCUGGGAGAAAUAACUAAUAUGACUAGUGCAGAUAGUCAAGAUCCCAAUUUGCCCAGACCCCUGUAUCUACCCUUUUUUUGUAGUAAAAUAUAUAAGGAUAAGCAAGACUAGAGCUACUUUGGUGCCAUUAUUUCUAAUAGAUUUUCUUCCAGGGAACCACCCUGCUACUUUGGUUAACCAACCCCUUACAUUAUUGCCUAGUUGGAAGCCAACAAAACAUAAAAAGGUUAAUUCCAUAACAACCAUAGGGAAUAGAGCACAACUGCAUGUAUCAUGGAUAAGUGCUUGUGGCAUACCACACACUAGCUAAUUUCUUGAGCCAUAGUAGUAGGUCUCAACUUGCACUGUGGUUUCAACUGAACUAAAAAAAAAACACUUAUUGCAACAUGUACGUUUAUGUAAAUGAUUGUGUAAGACAACCAAGCAUGUGUUUGACAAGUAUUGUGCACCUAAGCUACUGUAUAAAUACACUAAGUGUGUAUUGCAUUUGGUAGCUUUGGCACUGCUGGAGAGCCCUAAAAAAAGCAGAAGCUCCGAUGGUGUAAAGAUAUCAAAUAAGAGCUCAAAGGAUUGAGGAUAAAUUCAUACAUGGUGUUACAAUACCUAAUUAACUUACUGUCAAAACAGUUUAAUACUCUGCAAAUACCUUCAGACUUAAGGUAACCAAUUCAACUGAGGUCAAAUGUAUUUUGCUACUUUUUUUUGUUGUUUUUUAAUGAAAGUUCUCACUUGUUUCAGUUUGUGAAGUCCUUAACUUGCAGAUUAACAGCACCGUUAAGGGUUGAAGUUUUCAGGGCUUUGAUUUUUGAUCCCCUAACAUCCCUUUUAAACUUAUUUUGAGACGAUUCUGUUUCUUAAUUAAAUUCAGAAAAGCUGUUCAUUACAAAACAAUGACACUUGUUUUUACCUUCAUGUCCUGACUGAGCCUAAUUCUGUUUUGCUUAAUUUUUAUUUCAAGCAGACAAAUUACGUUAAUUGCUCAUCACUGAUCCUAAUUGCAUUUAAUUCUUGUAGUCAUCUAGCUUAUUGUGCUUUUGUUAUUUUCACUUAUUUAACAGGGUUCUUCUGACAUUCUUUUCAGCAUAAAAUACCCCGUACAGAGUGUAGACUGACCGCAAGUCCGUCAUUUAAAGUUUCUGAUUUUGUAGCAAAGAAAAUAUUUGUUAAACCCAGUCUUUAAUUAGUAGUUUUCUCUUAAGAUGCAGAGACAGCAUAACGGCUUAUUAACAUUUAAAAGGAGGAAGGAUUUGGAAAAUAAAAAAAUGAAAAAUUCAAGCCCAAACUGUAUUCCAAGUGUACACUAAUACCCUUUUAAUUACCUGUUGUCUACUGAGAUUUACCGGAAUGCCUUGGUUUCUUUGUGCAAUCUGCUUAUUCAGAAAGUCCGGUGUUUGGAGUCCGUAUACCUAUUAAAAUUGCUUUUCAAAACUGUCCCUGAAUGCCUUAGGCAUAGUUUUGACUAUGAAGUGGUAUGUCAUAUAAUGUAGUAUUGCACACAGUGCCUUUUAGAGCCCCUAGAUCAGUGUUAUAUUUUAACACUUUACCUAAACAUUUACACUGUGCUCCAUGAGUUUGUGCAUCUUAGCCAGGUUCUGUAAUUUAAAAAUGGUGCAGUCAAGUCAAUGUAUGCAACUUUUAUACGUUCAAAAGUACCCCUUUGAACAUUCCAUGAACAUGUUAGUUAAAAAAAUAAGUAAAAAAAUUAAAUGUAAAUGUUUUGGUACUGAUUGAGAAAUAUAGGCAUUACCAGGUUCACUGUAAUAGCAAGUAGGUUCAGUUUUCAGACAACUUUUAAAAAGCUUUAAUUUCAGUAUGAGAACCCCCAUUUAUUACACAUGUUUCCAGACAGGGCUUGCAUUAGGAUGAAAAACCUGUUGGUCCAAUGUUGCCACCUUUUGCACAUAUUUCAGUGUAGCACAUUACACAGUAUUGACUGUGAAACCUAAGAGUUCAUUGCAUUUUAUUCUGUUGUACAACUUGUAUUUUUUUAUUUUCAGUGAUAGGUAUAUUGCCUCUAUUUUACUUUUCUGGAUAAUAAAUUGCACAUUUCACAUUUUAAUAAAAGCUGGAUUCCAUUCAGGUACCCCCCCCCCCCCCCCCCCCCCCCCCUCCAUCACACCCCAUAGUAGCACUAUAUAUAUUUUGCUUUUUUUGUGUUUGUGUUCUGAGGACCACAUGUACGAUAUACAGCUGUGUAAAAAGUUUAUAUAUAUAUAUAUAUAUAUAUAUACACACACACACACACACACUUUUGAUGCUUGAAUUAGAAUUAUAUAAAGGCUGAAUUGCAUCCAAAGGUCCUCGCUUUAAGUGUAGAUAAAACUCCCCUUUAUGAGGGCAUGGCGACCUCUCUAAUUCUACUUAUGUUUUGUUUCAUAGCUCGGCUUGAAAUAAUGUGUGAUUGCAUUAUAUCUUUUAUUGCUGUUAGUGCAGAUAGUUUAAACUAUCAACCCUCAAUUGGUGUCGAGAGAAGAGGUUUUAAAUUUUGAAUUCUUUAUAUUUGAAAAAUAAAUGAAUGUCAGCUCAGAGCUUGAAUUUAUGUCGGCAUGUAAGGUUAUUUAUUUAUUUAUUCCCACUUAAGUGAAUUAUUUUAAAGUUUUUGGCAGUUUCAGAUAAAAAGAAUAGUUAAUUUAACUGUCUUCUUUCAUUAGGAAAUCAGCAGAAGUGACUAAAGAUUUUCUCACAAAGCUUAAUUUCCAGGAUUUCCAUUAACCAUUCUCCCUUGCUGAUUGUUUUUCAUGCCUCGAGGUAGCUGAAAAUCUUUUAAAGGUCUCUCUUUACAUCACAAACUGUAACUGGUCUUGAUCAUCACAGGUGCAUAUCUCAUUCUGCCCUGCAAUUUCGACUGUAGUCAAGUGAAAACAAUUCAGUCAAGGUAGUAGCUGUACAUUGAUGUAAGAAUGUAAUUUUUGUUCUUGUCCUCUAAAUGUUAUGAUGCAAACUGGUAAAGAUUUAUUUUUCAAAUGCAACCCUUGGAGCAUGUGAUCUUUGCGUAUUACGACUGAAUCUGUUAGAACUGGUAGAUAUAUAUAAAAAAAAAAGUGUUUUUGUUGACAGCCCUGUUUUUUGGGCAAAGUCCUGGUGCAGUUUUAUGCACCCUUUGUCUGGAUAAUAUAGGUACCAUUUUAAUUUUCUGUCAGAUUUCAUAGAAUGUGCAUUUGUGUAACCAUUCUCAACUUUUGCAAUUCAUAAUACUAUACAUUGUUUUCCAAAGCUGUUUCUACCUUGUACAAAGGCUUUCAGAAUGCUUUAUUAAUGGUGUUAUUAAAAAAAAAAAAAAAAAAAAAAAAAAAAAAAGACUUGUGUUCUAUUUAUUUGUUUUGGACGAUAGCAGCUUGGUAGAACAACUUAUGCCAAAAGACCCCAACCUUAAUUAAUCAUAAUUUAAUUUAGCCUCAUAAUCUAAGCUGUGGUUAAAAACAGGUAUUCCACAAUUGGAGCAAUAAUCAAGUACCACAGAACAAAUUCAACUGGUACAGCAGGUAGGAGAAUCGUCGGCGAUUAACAACCAAGAACUUCAAGAUCUAGAUGCACCAGGCAUAACAGUGCAUGAAAGAACUGUAACAUGAGUUGUAUGCACAUAGACCUCACUGCAAGCCACUUCUAAAGAAAAUUCAUAAAACAAACUUAAAAUUUGUCAAGCGUUAUGAACAGAAAUGUGGUUUCGGGUGACGCACAAUAUGUGCGUUAAAAAUGGGGGAAGGGGUCGCGGGACA